GAAAAAGCUCGGGUGCGUAAAAACACGCCGACGGGCGACAGUCGUAAGCGUAGUGCGUGCAAUCGUGGAGGUGGUGUGUGCGACAGACAGAGUGUGGCGGAAAAAACUGUCCCUAUUUACACACGAUAUUAUUUUUCUACCCGUUUAAGAUGUUCGAACGAUAGCGCUAUUUUUAUACACACGACCCGAAUCACAGAGUACAAAUACAAAAGAGUACAAAACCACGUCUCAGGCGAACAAUCAGGACUAUAUAUAAAGGAAGCGGAGAUCACACGAAGAUGACAAUAAGCAGUUAACGCGCGAUGCGACGCGAUGAGUGAGACGCUCAGCCAGGAUCCGGACGGAUUGGGAGCGGCUUACACGACGCUGGCGCCGUCGUAUCCGCCGACGCCCGCGACGCCCAGCUCCACCGUCCAGGAUGUGGCGGCGGGCGCGAACCUGCCUCCCUUUUCGACGUUUUCAUCGGACAUGGACUCGAGCGGUACCUUCGGUUCGGUAUCCGAUCGUUUGUUCAGUGAUACGCGUCUAUUGGACAUAUCGAACUGGGACUAUUACACCGAGACUAGAGUGCUGGAACGCGGCGAGAACGGCCUGUCGAUCAUCACGUCGCAGCCGCAGUACCGGCCGUGGGAAUCGAAACCUCCCGAUUCCGGUGGUCAGCCCACGUUCGCGGAGGCUUUCGCUCAGCAAAACGGCGCUUCCAAGUUGCCGUCGUUCCAAAGUCAGUUCCAGACGUUCAACGAUCCCGCGACAUCGGGCGAGACGACGCUCACGACGCUAACCAACCUGACACCCGUGUCUCCCAACUCGUCUUCCAGUCCGCAAGGUCUGACCACGAGCUUCCACACGCUGAGCGCGAGGAGUUACCCGCUGGUGCCCGCUCCCAUACAAGCACGAGAGAUCCCCUCGAUCCAGCAGCAGUUUCUCGACGAGCGUCACAUUCAACUGUACUCGCAUCCGACGCUGAACAACGCGAUCCAUUCGGCGGGAAUAUUCAACUCUCAGAACGGCGGGACGAUCAUCCAGAAUAGUCAAAUCAUAGCGUCGCCGACGGUGGUGACGGUGUUGAAGCCGGAUCCCGAGCUGAAGCUCGCGCCGUUGCCUCACCAAGACGCCAAGCUCCAGCUCCAUCCGGGUCAGUUCCAGAACCCGAUGUCCGCGUUGCAAGGCAACAGCGACGCGGGUCUUUACAACGGCAUCGAGAAAAAGCUGAACGGGAUGGGGGGGACGAUGGGCUCGCCUACCCGCAACGACUUUCGGAAGAAGGAGAGGCGAAAAAUAAGAGCGUCGAGUUUGGAGAGUUCCGCGGAAAGCGACGGGGCAUCGAGCAACAUGGACUUGGGGUCGGAAAACUCGGGUCAGGUGGCCGCGGUGUCGAGCACCGACGGCUUCAAGGCGCAACACAUGGGAGUCGGUAUGGAGCACGAGCUCGGCGGCGGAGGCAUCGACAAGCAGGUGAAGAAGAAGAGGAAACGGUGCGGCGAGUGCAUAGGGUGCCAGAGGAAGGACAACUGCGGCGACUGCGCGCCCUGCAGGAACGACAAGAGCCACCAGAUUUGCAAGCAGAGGCGCUGCGAGAAGCUGACCGAGAAGAAGAAUCUGUACGGGGAGCCUUACACGCGUGGCGAGACGAGACGAGGUAGAGGGAAGGGUCGAGGUGGAUCGAGCUACCGCGGAAGGAAGCCGAACGGACCCGUGACCUCCCUCGCACCUGGUGGCGGAGGCAUACCACCCCCACCGGAAACAAGCGCGGUCCCCGCGGCGCCGCCCCCGCAGCAACCCGCCCCACGUCCGAGCCCCCAGCCAACCGCCAUUCAGCCGAUGCCCGUCCAGCAGCAGCCGAUGACCCCGAUGCCUUUCUACGCCGAUCCGAACCGUUUCACCACCCCUGUGUGGCAAACCGACCCAGCUCAAGGAUGGCCUCAAGGUCAGUUCAUCCAGCAGAUCCCGCCGGCAGCUCAACCCAUAGAGACUUACCAGCAGUAUCCGAACGGUAUCUACCAAACGACCUACCAGCAACCUGCGUUCGAAACCAAUACUUUCUACACCGGCGCCGUUCAGGUGCUUACCAGCGCUAGACCACCCAGCGUCCCCAACCAGCAAACCCAAAUAAUACCUUCGAGGCCAAAUUCCAAUUACGCUCAUACGCCUAGUCCUAGCCCGGCGGCUCAGCAACAGAGCCAACAGCAACCGUCUACGCCCAGGCAGUACCAAGAGUACCAGUUUAGUACUGGGGGCGAAGGUUCCCAGUCCAGACCCAGCUCUGUCAAUAGCGGGGUCAACCAGAACCCCACCACUCCCAACCAGAACUUUAACCAGCAGCAGCAGCAGCAACAGCAACAACAACAGCAGCAGCAGCAGCAGCAGGUGUUUACUUCGAGUAGCGAAACGAACUUUAGUUCGGGCAAUGGCGGCCAGCAGGGUCAGUACGGCAACAUGGGUUCGGGAAACGCACAGCCUGGGUACCCACAGGUGAACGCCAGCAGUCCGCAGGUAGCUUCACACAACUCUAGUGGGUACCCAGGCAGCGAGCAAUAUAGCGGACAGGCUCAACAAUGGCAGCAGCAGCACGACCAGAUGCAAUGGAAUCAGGACAAGAUCGACCGGCAGCAGCAAAAUUACCAGGACCAGCAGCAGCAGCAGUACAACAUCGGGCAGCAGCAGCAACAGUACGCUGAUGCUCACUCACCGGUGAAAACCCAGUCCGACGUCCAAAAGACUUUCUCGCAGGCCGACAAAGUGAACCUCAACACUCGGAUCAAAACGAUGAUACUGAACAAGCAGCAGAACGAGACCAAGAUGGAGGAGGAGCACAACAGACCGGCCGACCAAAACUCUACCGGUCAUUUUUUAUGGUAUAGCCACCAUCAUCACUUGAAUCCAGGUGUUGGUGGUGGCCCCAUUUACGAUACCCGAAUGGACAGACUAGGCCCGUACGAGACCGCCCCCCAUUUUGCUCAAAGUAAUUUUAUGACCCCGCCCCCGACGCCGUUCGACUAUCGGGAACGCUUACUGUGGUCGCCGAAGGCGGUCGGCGGUACGAAGACGAAGAAAUGCGAAGCCGCGCAGCCCAAGUCGCCCCCCAAAGCCGGAGAAGAGAUACCACCUUGCGGAUGUUUCCCAUCCGAUCAGAAUCCUCCGGAGCCCGGUACCUAUUACACGCAUCUGGGAUGCGCGAGCACCCUGAAGACGUUGAGGCACAACCUGGAGUGUCAGACGGGCGCCACUGGACCGGCCAUACGAAUCGAGAAGGUGCGGUACACCGGCAAGGAAGGCAAGACCGCUCAAGGGUGUCCGAUCGUCAAGUGGAUCCACCGGCGAGUCAGCGCGGAAGAAAAAUAUCUAGUCAUAGUUAAGCACAGGACGGGCCACUCUUGCCAGUCCGCGUUCAUCGUUAUCUGCCUCGUCGUGUGGGACGGCAUCGGCAACGCCGACGACCUCUACUCGACCCUCAGCGACAAACUGAACAGGUUCGGUUUGCCGACGAAGCGACGCUGCGCGACGAACGACACGCGCACCUGCGCGUGCCAGGGCGUCGACGAGGACACCUGCGGCGCGAGCUUCUCGUUCGGCUGCUCCUGGAGUAUGUACUACAACGGCUGCAAGUUCACCCGCUCGAAAGACGUGAGAAAGUUCCGGCUAAGCGUCAAGGAGGAGGAACGCGACCUGGAGCGACACCUCGAGGAGCUGGCGGAUCGCGUAGCGCCCAUGUACAAGCGGUUGGCGCCCAGGUCUUUCGAGAACCAGUGCAGAUUAGAAGGGGUAGCACGUAAUUGCCGCCUCGGUACGACAGGGGGCAGGCCGUUUUCGGGGGUGACGGCGUGCUUGGACUUUUGCGCGCACGCGCACAAAGACAUACACAACAUGAACGACGGCUGCACGGCGGUGGUGACGUUGACGAAGCACCGGGACAUGACGAAACCGUCCGGGGAUGAGGAGCAGCUGCACGUGUUGCCGCUCUACGUGCCCGACGACAGCGACGAGCACGGCUCGAAGGAGAACCAACGCGUCAAAGCCGGCAAGGGAGAGAUUGAGAUUUUGGACAGGUACGAGUGCGAGGUGCGCACCCUGUCGGAACCGUUGCCCACCUGUCGGAACCGCAAGUCGAAAGACGCGUCGUCCCCCAGGAAACGCAAAUCGAGCCAGCCGUCGUCGCCGUCGGUGUCUUCGACGACGCCGUCGAGGUCCGCCGAGACCGCCCCCCCGUCGCCUUACCUCAGUCCCGAGAUCCAGAAUCGGCACGUGUCCAGUACGACCUUGCAGGAACCCCCCGGGUGGCUGAGUUCCCCUUUCCCGGCCACGGGCUUCCACCACUUGCCCGAGUUUUCCGUUUUUAAAGCUCCCCACGCGUACCACGACCCUUACGCUUCCUACUACCAUUGCCCCGCUCCUUUGCUACCAUUCGCUCAGUACCGGCCCGCGUCAUUCGACGACGUUUACGUCCCUACAACGCCGCAGUUUCCCAAGACGUACGUCGACGUUCGUUACACCGACAACAGCGAGUGCUUCAAAGAUCCGGAGAUAGGGGGCGUGGCUAUCGCGUUGUCGCACGGCAGCGUGAUGUUCGAGUGCGCCAAGCACGAGCUUCACGCUACUACGGCGGUGCGCAGGCCGGACCGUAGGAACCCGACCCGCCUCUCGUUGGUGUUCUACCAGCACCGGAACCUCAACAAGGCGCAGCACGGCUUCGACGAGUACACGCUGAAACAGAAGACCAAGGCAGAGGCCGAGCCGUACGACGUCGCGGACCACAUCGACGCGACGGCGACGCUGCCCACCUACUCCCUCACCACCAUGUUCCCGAUGUAUCCGUGUGUCGUAACCGGCCCUUACCAGGAGUUUUACGCAGAAAAGUAAAGGGGCGUGGUCGUAGGUGUCGUCACGCUACGAGGUUGUCCGAAACACGGGCCGUUUUUUUUUUAAAUAAAAAGCGUCUCGCCCUACGCCAUUUCAACGGUAGUUCGAAUGAUCCUAACCAUUUCGGGCGCGUUUCACCUCAACCGAAAAUUUUACACAUUUACCGAUAUUUCGAAGGCUGGUUACAAGACUGUGGAAAACAAAAAAGCGCGGUCAUUUCUAUAGACGAGUAGUUCAAAUGAACAGGGGAUAUGAUGCCAUUGCCAAACAAACUUAAAUGAAAGUUUCGAAGUAGAAAUGAGGUAGUUCAAGCGCACGCUUCUUCAAAGAUGGGCGCAAGUUCGCCAAUUAUUGUAGUUUACAACCGUAAUUUAAGAAAAGCACGGCGGUUUCAAAUGAUUCGAUUUCCAUUAUCGAAUAGUUUUGGUUGGGAUACAUGGCGCAUUGGAAAUGCGGUAGUUCAAACGCGCCUUAUUUGUUUUAUUUUAUUUUAUUAGCAGAGUUAGAAAAAACAUUGAAGAACAAAAUUUUCAAAAGCACUGUAGUUCAAAUGGAUCGAACAAUCUAAUCGUUCCGAUAAACGGGUAGUUCAAUUCAAUAAUGAGGUAACUUCGAUUGGGACUUAAGCUUUAAUGGAGGUUAAUUAUGAUAUUAUAGCUUGCAAGAAAAGUACAACAGUUUCAAGUGUAGUUCAUAUGAAUAUAAUAUUUCAAUUUCUAUAAUCGAGCAGUUUCGCAUUAGAUAUGCGGUAGUUCUAACCCUCACUUUUUCAAAAAGCCCCAAAGUUCGCCCCAAAAGUAUACCCGAACAAAAAUUUUACAAAGCACGGUAGUUCAUAUCCAAUGCUUAUUUCAAUGUCUGAGUAGUUCAAAUGAAUCAAACCAUUCAAUUUUAAUAAUCUAUUACUUUCAAUUGGGUCACAAGCUUUAACGGAACUUCUGACAUGACGUAAUAGAAAUGCGGUAGUCCAAACGCGCACUUUUUUGAAAAAUCGGAAGUUCGCCUAUUGUUUUUUUUUGUCUUACAGCGUUAUUUAAAAAAAAUCAUUUUGCAAAGCACCAUAGUUCACAUGAAUAAAAUAAAUCUUUUGUUCCAAUGAACGAGUAGUUCAUAUGAAUCAAAUAAACGAUUUUAAUUAAUAACGGAAUUUCCCGAAUAAAAUUUUACAGAGCACUAUAGUUCAAAUGAAUCAAAUAAUUUUAUCGAAAUGCAGCAAAAGCGCAAGCGUGUCCAUUGUUUUAUUUUAUCUUGCAGCGGUAUUUGAAAAAAAAAAUUCAAAGAGAAAGGUCGCAAAACACUAAAGUUCGAAUGAAUAAAAUAAUUCGAUUGUUCCAAAGGUCGAGUAGUUCAAAUGAAUCAAUUUUUUUUUUAUAAUCGAGUAGUUUCGGUUGGGGGGCACAGUGAUGCGGUAGUACAAAUACGCGUUUUUUCGAAAAGCCGCAAUUAAAUUUUAUCUUACGAUAUUGGAAAACACCUAUCCCCGAACAAAAAUUUAGAUCGUUCCAAUCGACGACUAGUUGCAACGAAAGGCUGAUAAUACCUAUUUUCUUUCAGUUGGAAAGCCGAAAUGGCGCAAUGUAAAUGUAGUAGUUCAAACGCGCAUUUUUUCAAAAGCACGAUAGUUCAAAUGUCAAACUUGUCAAUUGAAAAGUAGAUCAAACGAAAUUCCGAUAAUACCCAUUACCUUUAUACCGAGAAGCUUAAAUGGGAGAUUCCAUAUGUGGUAAUUCAAACGCACACUUUUUCGAAAAGGCGCCGAAUAUUUUAUUUCAUUUUACAGCGGUAUGAAAAGUAGCCCCACACAGUGUAGUUCAGAUAAUCGUAAUAAUUGCGCGGUUGCGAAAUAACUCUGCUAGUAGUUCAAACGACGCGUAAAUAGAGAUUGUUGUUAACAGAGGUUCAAACUAACAAAAAUAGAAUUAUAUAUCUUUUAAAAGACAUUAAAAAAAGUACUUAUUUUUAUACCGAACGGAUAUUUUAAAAAUUACUUAAUUAUGUAUUUUUUGGAUGCGAAAACUCCCGAAAAUUUUUCUAAACUCUCGCGUUUCGGACAACCUCUCCAUGCGUCGAACGCAGCACAAUUUUGUAAUUAACACGGUCGAUGUAAUAAGCGGGACGCAUGACGUCACGCAUCGCGCCUGCGCGAAACAUUUAUUAUUAUUAUUAUCGCAGAAUAUUUAAAAGAGAAACAAACAUUAUUCAAUAUAGUAUACAUCAGUGCCUCUAUGAUCUCAAAGGAAGAAGAAAACAUAUAAAAAAAUAAUAAUAUAAAAAAGUAUAAACCGCAAAUUUACCGGAGAGUACAAAAAAAUAAGACGUUCAGAUUCCACGGUAUUCGUAUAAAAACGAUAAAUAAUUAAUUUAUUUGUACAUAACGCCCCCCCUCCCCACAAGUAUUAUACUCGAUUGACGCUCCCUCCGCGCACCCUCUGGAUGGUAGGGAGAGAGGUGCGCAAAAACCAGCGGCGGAGGUGCGCGUUCGUCUAUUUUUAUUUUUUUUUUAAUAAAAUUCGUUCCAAAUUGCCCUCCGCCCUCCUCUACCACUCUCUCGAGGGCACGCGAACAUCCCCAAUUAUGUUACCGAAAUGUUUGUAAUUUUUCGCCUUUUAGUCGCUAUGCCAUUCAAAAAAAUAGUAAAAACGAAUGAUAUAUUUUUGAAAAAAAAAAGCCGUCUGGCGUAGAGAGAGAGAGACAGAUUUAUUAUAUAUUAUAUAUUAUAUUUCCGGGAAAGUUGAGUUUUGACUUCAGAGGCCAUAACCGUGGUGUGACUGUGUGUGCGUGAGUGCGAAGAAACCUUUUAUAGUUUUGAAAGUAUAUUUUUUACGAAGAAAUUGAAUGGAAUAAUAAAAGUUACAUCGAUAGGUUUUACGUAAUAAUUACGCUAAGUGAUAAGUUUUGUAAGGCGCGCAAAUCGCCGCCCCCUCUACCCCCUACCCCCCGCCGAUGCCAAAUAUUCGUACACGUUUUCUUGCCUGCACCUUUUUGUUUUACCCUGUAUCAUACUACCGCCUAGACGUUCCAAAAGCACCUAUUUAUUAUUUAUUUAUUUAUUUUUUAGAGUAUUUAAAUUUUUGGCGGUCCGGUUUUUCUUUUCGACCGAGCGACGGGCAGCCGCUCUACAUUUCGCCCUUACUUUUUAUUUUCACAUUUUUUGUGUCUUAAUUUUUCUGUUUUUCUUUUAAUUUUCUAUUUUUAAUAGAACAUUUCUUGCUACUUUCUUUUCUCUGUUUAUUUAUUUCCUUCUCAUAUCCUCCGUGUUUUCCCUCUUUACGAAUUAUUUCCUCGCAAUAAAUAUCUGAGACGUUUUUUCGAAUUUUGUUGCUUCUAUAUUUAUUUAUUUUUUGUUUUUGUACGUUUUUAUUUAGUUCCUUCUCAUACCUGUUUGGAAAAUUGCUUCGCAAAUUUUUUCGACUUUUGUUGCUUCCAUUUUUUAUUUAUUUUUUGUUACUGCAUUUUAAUGUUUACUCUCCGUAUAUUUCUCAGUCGUGUUUUUGAAGUUUGCACGCGCCAAUGGUUUUACGUAUAUUUUCUUUUGCUUUGUCGAACAUCCAUGUUUUUCUUUUUUUUUCCUAGUUUUACCUUGAUUUUUUCUGUUUCUUUGCCUCUGCGACUAUUUCCUUCACGAACUUUUCCCCCGCAAUACAAGUUUUUUCGAAUUUUGUUGCUUCGAUUUAUUUGUAGUUAUUGUAUUGUCUGGCGCGCCUAUUUUCUUUUUCACUCGUCGCACAUCGAUUUUUUCAAUUUUAGUUACUAGUUUUAUCUUCCAUUUUCCGUUUCUUUUCACUAUUUUUUUUGGAGUUAUUGAUUUAGUCCCUGCUCAUUGCAUCCGCGUGUAUUUACUUCACGGAUUUUUAACUAGUAACACAUACUUAAGACCUUAAUUUUUCUUUUAUUGUUUUGCUUUUAUAUAUAUAUAUUUAUUAUUUUAUUUUCUUUUUUACUUUCCUUGCUUUUUCUUUUAUUAUACUCUCGGACUGCCUCCGUUUUCCGAAAAAACAAACCCGGCCGUCAUUUUUCUAAGGUAUAUUUGUACAUAUAACGUUUUUUUAACCUAUAAAUUAAGCUAUGUAACAUUUUCGAAAAAUAAUUGCGAUGGGAAAAGCAAUCAUGUGUGUAUAUAGUAUAUAUUUUUCUUUUUGUCGGUGGAUACUUGCAUUCCUAGGUGUCGCCGUUCGUCACGACGUCGGAUAACGAAAUGAAAAAAAAAAGGAAAACUUAAGCAAUAUCUACGGUUACUUUUAGAUCCAUAUCACGUUUGGAAGUAUCUACUAUUUCGAUGAAAAAGGAAGAUGAAAAUUUACUUUUUAUUACAAAACGAUUGGUACUAUUGUUUGUAUUCCUAGUUAUAGACUUUUUAGUUUAGGUUUAAGAGAAAAAUUACUAUGUGUAUUUGUCUUGUGAAUACAUUUAUAAA